UUUUGUUUUCAAUAUAUCAUAUUUCACAAUGUUUGCUUCGUUCGCUUGGCACGCGGUGAAGACCGGGCGCAGACCGCAGGGGUUCGGCAGGAUGCAGCGCAUGAGCUGCUCGACCGAGCACCCAACGCAACCAACAGCCCCGGCCCCAGCACCAGCAGCACCGGCGGACUCCGAUCCCGAGGCAUUCCAGCCAGGCGACAUGGUUCUUCUGCGCGACUGCACGGCACCCACCACCAAAUUGACUCUUCUGGGGCCACUCGCCCCAUUGCAAAACCACGGUACCCGCCACGGCAUCCUCCCACACGCGCUGAUCCUCGGCCAGCACCCGCGUGCCCGAGUGUCCGCGCAAACCACCAAAGGCCCUCGUGGCAGUUUUAUGCUGCACCGGCCGACAUUGGCCGAAUACACACUGCACUGCGCGCGCAAGUGCACGCCGAUUUACCCUAAAGACUCGGCAGCAAUCACCGCCAUGCUUGAUUUAACCACAGGCGACCGUGUGCUGGAGGCCGGUACAGGCAACGCCGCGCUGACACUGGCGCUCGCACGUGCAGUCGGCCCUCACGGCGCAGUGCAUACGGUGGAGAGGCACCCAGAGACGCGCAAGCAUGCAGAGAAACUCGUGGCAGAGUUUGAUCGCGCGCGGCUGCUGCCUGCCGUGCGCUUUCACACUGGCGAUGUCGCUGAUGUUGGCCCCGAGAUUAUUCCACCUGGUGCCCAGUUUGACGGAAUUGUCCUGGACAUGCCGACGCCCUGGACGCAGCUGCCCGCACUGCAUCCGUUGCUGAAAACAGACCGAUAUGCUGUCUGUUACUUGCCCAGCAUGACGCAGGUCGUCGACCUUGUCAGGGAGUGCCGCGCGUGGCCGUUGCUUGUCGAGGAUGUUGUUGAGGUUGCGUGGCGCGAGUGGGACGUGAGGGAGGCUGCUGUGCGCGGGUCGCUGGUGCCUGGCGGAGAGCGCGCAGUGGUGUGCCGCCCGACGCAUGCGCCGCUGGGACACACCGCGUUUCUGGUCAAGCUGCGCAAGUGCGCGGCGACCAAGACUACGGAGAAAAAAGAACAGAUAAAACAAGCAGAACAAAUAGAAUCAGCUGAGCCAGCUCGGGCGGAUCCAAAAGAAUCCUUGUAGAAAAUAAUUCACUAAAAUUCCAUUAAAUA